AUGACACAACCGCAGAAGACUAUCGCCGUGGUCAACGGGACAGGCCGACAAGCGGCCUCUCUCAUCCGCGUCGCGUCCGCCGUCGGCUACUCUGUCCGCGCUCAGAUUCACACCCUCAAGGGCAUUAUCGCCCCAGAGUUACAACAACUCCCCAAUGUCACCCUCCUCCAGGGUCCCCUCCUCGGCAAUGUCGCCCUGAUGGACGAGCUCUUCAAAGGCGCCCAGUUGGCCUUCAUUAACACCACCUCCCAGUCUGGCGACGAGGUCGCUAUCGGCCGCGACCUCGCAGACGCUGCGAAACGCGCCGGCACCUGGGCGCCCAAGUUCACAGUCGAGAAUUACAUCCGACAGCUCAAUAUGCCCUCCACCUUCGUCUACGCCGGUAUCUACAGCAAUAACUUCACCAGCUUGCCAUACCCGCUCUUCCAGAUGGAGCUCCUCGCCGACGGGAGUUUCGAAUGGCGCGCCCCCUUCGACCCGGACAUUCCUCUGCCCUGGUUAGACGUCGAGCACGACGUCGGCCCUACCCUGCUACAGAUCUUCAAGGAUGGUCCCAAGAGGUGGAAUGGCCAUCGCAUCGCCCUCACCUUUGAAACGCUCUCUCCGAUCCAGGUGUGCGCGGCGUUUUCGCGCGCCUUGGAUCGCCCCUGCCAGUACAUCCGUGUCCCCAAGAUCGAAAUCAAGGUCAAUAUCCCGCCUGGAUACCGGGAACAGCUCGAGGCGCUGGAAGAGCUGUUCGGUCGUUGUGACGCUCCCUACUUCCCCCAGCCGGAGUUCUCACAGCCCGCCGCUGGCUCACCCAAGGGCCUCGGUCCCUUCGGUGGAAAGGGUGCUGGUGCCGGUAUGAUGCAAGGGCCUGGUGGUGUUAUCUCGCUGCGCGUGACGGACGAGGCCCGGCAUCUCUGGCAGGGUUGGCGUGAUAUGGAGGAGUAUGCGCGGGAGGUCUUCCCCGUGGAGGAGGAGGCUAAUGGUCUGGAUUGGAUGCUUUGA